AUGGCCGAAUUCGCCAGACUCCCACCCUCGGGCAUCAAGGUGAUCGUCGUAGGGGCUGGCUUCGCAGGUUUAGGCGCGGCAAUCGAAUGUGACCGCAAAGGCCAUAGUGUCAUCCUACUGGAGAAAACGGAAAACAUGGAAGACCUCGAGAGAAUAGGAGACAUCAUCAGCUUCGACCCCAACAGCUCCAAGCUCCUGAAGCGCUGGCCAGGGGUAUGGGACGCUCUGUACCCUAUCACGCGCCAUUCGGAGCUCUGGGACCACCGCGCCUGGACGGGCGAGCUGAUGACGCAGCAGUCGUUCGCGUGGGAGGAGGCACACUGGGGAUCCCGAGUGAGCGGGCACCGCGGUGAAAUACACGCCAUUGUGUACCAGCAUGCCAAGGCGCGUGGCAUUGACAUCCGGCUCGGACAGCGGGUGACGGAUUACUUCGAGACGGACGAGUCGGCGGGUGUGGUGGCCAAUGGGGAGCGCAUCGAAGCCAAUGUCGUCUUCGCGGCCGAGGGCGUGCGGUCCCCCGGGCGAAAGAUCGUGCUCGGAUUUGAGGAUCACCCCAAGUCGUCCGGAUACGCCGUUUACCGAGCGUGGUUCCCGGCGUCACGGCUGGCCGAUAAUGAAAUUGCCAAGCAUCUCGUUUGCAACGGCGACUGGCUGGGCGGCUGGAUCGGGCCGGACCUGCAUUUCCUUGCGUCGUGUCUCAAGGACGGGAAAGAUUUCAAUUGGGCGUACACGCACAAGGAUGUGGACGACAUCGAUGAGAGUUGGCAAUUCCCCGGAACCGUUCAGGAGGCGUUGAAGAACCUCGACGGCUGGGCGCCCGUCGUGAGAGAGAUUGUCAAGGCAACGCCCGAGGGGCGGCUCAUUGACCAUAAGCUUGUUUACCGGGACACGCUGCCCACCUUCACGUCGCCCAAAGCACGCAUCGCGCUCAUUGGGGAUGCCGCGCAUCCUUUCUUACCCACGAGUAUCCAGGGGGCGGGACAGGCGCUCGAGGAUGGCGUCACGCUGGCGGUUUGCUUGGAGAAGAGCGGUAAGGACAAGAUACCCUUGGCGCUCAAGGCAUACGAGUCGAUUCGGUAUGACAGGGUGCGUGAUGCGCAGGCGCAGGGGGUGAGGACGAGGGAGAGGUGGCAUAAGGCCGACUGGGAGGAGGUGAAGAAGAACCCGGAACAGUUGCAUCUGUUGAGGGAAGCAUGGCUGUUGAAUUUUGACGCUGAAGCGCAUGCGUAUGCUGUCUUUGGCGAGGUCGCGAAGAAGUGUUCGUGA